CCCUGACGGGGGCAAAGGACAGUCUGGAUUCUAAAGCUGGGUUAGAUUCCAUGGCCAGUCCUAAUUCUAAAACCUCAAUGGGGUCCAAAGACAGCCUGGAUUCUAAAAGUGGUUCUGCUUCCAAAACCAGUUUAGGAUCAAAGGACAGCCUAGACACCAAACCCAGUCCUAAUUGUAAGUCCAGGACGGGGUCCAGAGAUAGCCUUAAUUCUAAAACUGCAACAGAAAACAAAGCAAGCAAAACCAGCCCCAAUUUUAAGAUACAUGUGGAUUCUAAAUCUAGUAUGGGGUCAAAGGAUGACCUAGAUCCUUUAACUCUGACUCCUUCAGACUCUAAAACCAGUUUCAAUCACAAAACCAGCCCAAGUUCUAAACCAGGCUCUGAGUUGAAUCUCAGCUCUGAUGUUCUCUCCAGUUCUAAACCUGGUCCAACGCAUUUCACCUCUAAACCUUCUCUGGUGCUCACUGGAUUGGUCUCUCCCAUGUCCUCUCGAACUGGUCUGUCUGGGCCCAAAGACAGCAACCCCAAGGCCCCAAGCUCCAGUGCCAAGCCCAGUCCAGACCCUAAAGUUGCUUCAGAUUCUUCUAAGCCUGGACCAAUUCGAUCUAGCUCAAAGUCAGCUAUCGCAGACUUGUCUACCUCCUCACUGCUCUCUCCGAGACCAAGUUCAGCAAGUAGGAGUCCUGGGUCUGCUCCUCGCAAAACUCUUGGUUCUAGUUCGGCUGGACCAAACAGGGGGGCCCCGAGAAGUCCUGGUGCUGCUCCAGGCCUGCUGACUCCUCUGGCCACCUCCAGCCCAAAAACCAGAACAACUCUUUCCUUGACAAUGAUCCAAGGACCCACACCAGAGCCUACCGCAGUUACCAGUCUAACGCGGGGUCUCACUUUUGACACGAUCAACAGGACGUCGGCAAAAACAGGUGCUGCCGAAGCAGAAGAACAUUUAAAACCGACAGAGACCAAAGUGGGAGCUGCAGUAGGACUGGUGGUGUCCCAGGGGGCAAUGCAAGGGGUAGAUGUGACUGACAAUGCAGGGUCGACAGGAGAUAAGAGGAUACUAGGCACGCCGCUGAGCAAACCAACUCACCUGGGAGACACAAAUGCCAUCCCCGCUAGUAGCAACAUGCUGUCAUCAAGGGCAACAGGUGUGGAGAAUAAAAAGGAAGAGAAGAGAAAACAGGAGAGGAGUAAGCAAAAAGAUGUUCGAGGGAGUUCUUCUUCUCUCUCUCCUUCAUCUUCCCUCCAUCCUCUUUCCACUCAUCCAGCGAGAUCCAAGACGGUUAGGGAGACAGCUACCAUGACCGACCCGACUGAGAUCCUUCAUCUGCAGGGAGGAGAGCGAAGAGAGGUGGGCAUCCAAGUGGAGGGGGUCGAACACUUGGCGUCCACCAGCUCCAGCCUGCAGACGGGAGUUCCAUCUUCAUCCCUGAUUGGCUCCCCAAACUGUUCAUCAGGAGCAUUGACCUCACCGACAGCCCCGUCACUGUGCUGCGUCCCCGCCGGGCAGCCACCUUUCCAGCACGUCUGCAAGAUCGACAUCGAGUUGCGCAGCCAAUCGGUGAUUCCCUCUGUUGUGACUGACCGGGCUAGUUCCCUCCCUGCCUGUCUACGUACGUACAGCUUCCAGCAGAGCCCCGCCCUCACUUCGGAGCUACAACUUGGACAAAAACAAGACGUGAGUGCUGAGAGCAUCUGGGAGGAUGACGAGGAAGGAAGGGAGGGGGUAGCAAGGGAGCAAAAGGAGAAGGAAGAGGGUGUGGAAGGAGAGGAUAGGAAAGAGACGGAGAAGCCACAGGAAGUAGCAUGGGACAAACAGGGGAGGACGUGGGAAGUGUACGGCGCCUCGGUGGACCUGGAGUCCCUAGGCACGGCGAUUCAGUCCCACCUGGAGUCAAAGAUACGGGAGCAGGAGAAACACAUCCGGACUCUGAGGAAGUCUGUCUGCUCCGACAGCAGCCUCAAAGGGUACAAGAUGAAGAAGAGGAAGAAGAGGAGAGGAGGGAUUCUGGGAUGCUGCAGGAAGGCGCCUGCUGUGGCCGACUGAGACUUGUCCAAAACGUUACAAUCCUUUUUACAACAGACUUUAAAACACAAGUGUUCACAUCUAACUGUUGACCUUUACCUCUUCACAAUAGGCCUGCAUGUGUGUCCUCAAUAUUGAUUACUUCAAAUAGAAUAGCAAUAAAACUCUCAUGCACAAAAUAAGUUUCAUACAAGUUUUAGGGUAGCUGCUGGUUUCAGAAAAUCCCAUUGGCAGAGUUGGGUCGAUUUCUGGUUUUGACAGUCUG